UUGAAAGCAUCUGACAUCAUCAUGCCCUGCAAAAGGCUGAUCCCGGGAAAUGCAACCUAUCUAUGUUUCUGUCAGUGUUCUUGCGGAAGAUAACAUAACAUACGACAUACGACAGCCAAUAGCAAUCCUAUUCUCUCCAAAGGACGACACGGGUGUCCAUCUACCUGAGCAUCGACUGGUUGACAUCCGAGGAAGUCACUGGCAACAUGGCUAUCGUCCUCCACUCCACACCCCUCCUCUGGACCCGCCUGGCGGCGCUCGUCUUCUCCUGCGUGGCCUUCUCAGUGGCCGUCCACGGCGGGCGCCUGUACCACGGCACGGGUGACUGGUGCAUCUUCUGCUGGGCCUUCAGCUUCGCAGGCACCCUGCUGGUCCUGCUGGUGGAGCUGUUCGGCCUGCAGACCCGAGCCCCCGUGUCCUGGAAGAACUUCCCCAUCACCUUCGCCUGCUACGCCGCCUUGCUGUGCCUGUCCGCCUCCAUCAUCUUCCCUCUGUACUACCUGAAAGGCUCCAUGGGGCCCAGCCAGGUGCGGGACUACCGCAUCGUGUCCACCGUCUUCUCCUGCCUGGCCACCAUCGCCUACAUGACCGAGGUGAGCAUCAGCAAAGCGCGUCCGGGCGAAGUGGCCGGCUACAUGGCCACCGCCCCCGGCCUGCUCAAGGUGUGCGAGACCUUCGUGGCCUGCAUCAUCUUCGUCUUCAUCAGCGACCCCGUCUUGUACGACCGCCACGACGCUCUCAAGUACUGCAUGUCCGUCUACUGCAUCUGCUUCAUCCUAUCGGCCGCCAUCAUCCUGCUCUGUGUGGGCGAGUGCACCGGGUGCCUGCCCUUCCCUUUCGCCCGCUUCCUCUCCGCCUACGCCCUCCUCGCCGUGAUCCUCUACCUGUCGGCCACCAUCGUUUGGCCCAUCUUCAACUUUGACCCCAAGCACGGUGGCAACAAGCAGCGGCCGUCCAACUGCGGCACCACCCAGGGGUUGUGCGUGUGGGACAAGCUGAUGGCGGUGGCUGUGCUCACGGCCGUCAACUUCAUCCUCUACCUCGCCGACCUCAUCUACUCCGCCCGCCUGGUGUUUGUCAGCGCUUGAAGGAGGCGCUGCGACUCUAAGCCUCAGAUGAAAUUAAAUUUGGCAGGAUUUGGCUUUACCAUUGACGAGAAGUCGGGGACCACAAAGUAGCUCACAAUGCGACAUCAUGAUACUUAGCCGCUGUUUGAUAUUCCUUGAUAUUCCGUAUAUUGGAAGAAAGAACACCCUCCAUACAUGAUGACAUAUAUACAGCUGAGGAGGCGCAAUGUAUAAAAUGCUGACGUAUCGAUAAUGAUUUACCCCACGUUUUGGUUUCAUUAUACAGCAAUUUGACGAAAAAAACCUGCAAUAUGUUGUGAUAUGUAAUGAAAAGUUACUGAAAGUUUAUCCCACCAUUACUAAUUGCACAAAUUUUACUAUACAUCACAUUCAUUAUUAUUACAUUAAUAAUUGCUAUUAAUUAUACAUUGUAAUUCUACAUUAAUAUAUACAGUAUGUAACUAAGGAGGCAAAAUGAACUGCUUUUUCAAGACUAUUAAUUAUAAUCCUUAAUGUUUAGGAAAAAAAACAUGCCUAUAUAAUAAAGUAUCGCUAAUGUGAUACGCAAGACUGUCAUAUUUGGCUUUUAUGGGUUGUAUAUGGCUGUGUUUACAUGUGCAGCGAUGUUGCCGUGUGUCCGCCUGAUUGGCUGCUCGGGCCCAGAGACGGAGCAUGCUGAUGCCGAUGAACACGUUUCAUUUCAUUCCACUUACAGAGGUGCCGACCACGGAGUCCACAUUGACGUAAAAAAAUAUAUUUAGGAUGUGCAUGUAAACAUAGGCUGAAACGGCGAUUUGGUAUUAUUAUUAUUAUUUUUUUGUUGCAUGUGUGUUCUGCUUAAAUUGUGGCAGGAAUAAAAGAAGCUGUGGCUUUUAGCUCAAUACGGGAUUAAAUUAAUGAUAAUUCUUUUAUUAAUAAAAUUAAUAAAAUAAUAUAUUUUUUAAUUAAUUAAUUGUAUUAAUAAAAUUAUUUUAUUAAUAAUUGGUCUGUUUUUAUUAACUAAGAAGGUUUUCAGUAAAAACAAAAGUUCCUAAGUGAUGUGAUGUUCAGGUUUAAUAAUGACUUUAGGCCAUACAGCGCACCUACUUGCAUGUUACAAUCAACAUUAUGAUGAUAUAUUAAUAAAAUAAUAAAAUUUAUGAAAAUUAAUACAAUUAAUUAAUUGUAUUAAUAAAAUUAUUUGAUUAAUAAUUGGGACGUUUUUAUUAACUAAGAAGGUUUUUAGUUAAAACAAAAAAAAAGUUCCUAAGUGACGUGAUGUUCAGGUUUAAUAAUGACUUUAGGCCGUACAGCGCACCUACUUGCAUGUUACAAUCAACAUUAUGACGAUAUAUUAAUAAAAUAAUAAAAUUUAUAAAAAUUAAUAAAAUUAGUUAAUUUUAUUAAUAAAAUUAUUUUAUUAAUAAUUGGGGCGUUUUUAUUAACUAAGAAGGUUUUUAGUUAAAACAAACAAAAAAAAGUUCCUCAGUGACGUGAUGUUCAGGUUUAAUAAUGACUUUAGGCCGUACAGCGCACCUACUUGCACGUUACAAUCAACAUUAUGACGAUAAAUGUAUUAGCGGACUGAAAAUAUUUGAGGUAAAUAUACAUGUGUGUGUGUGCAUGUAUAUGUGUGUGCACACGUCUUUACCGUCCAUGUUGUACAACAUAGAAGGUGAUAUGCACUUAACAGUGUUUUUUUCCUGAGGGCUCCACUAACUAAAUAACGUUAACUGACACCAAUGGAUUCAGUCGUCAACAAGGGUGCUUCCUCCUCGGCUGAUAUUAGUGUUCUUCUUUUUUUUAUUUUGCAUAACUUGUAUUCCGCUGUGUGUUGUAAGAAAAUGUAACCUUGCAUUUCAAUGAAGACACUUAUUAAACUGAUGCUGGUGUUUGUGGUGAUGUGA